GCGCCAGCGCUGCUCCUGCUGCUCUGCCUCGCCGCCGCCUCCAAGCUCAACAUCCCCAAGGUGCUGCUGCCCUUCACCCGCAGCACCAGGAUCAACUUCACGCUGGAGGCCAGCGAGGGCUGCUACCGCUGGUCCUCCACCAGGCCGGAGGUCGCCAGCAUAGAACUGGCAGACCAGGGCGAGCGCCAGUGUUCGCAGAAAGCUCUUGUCCAGGCACGGUCCUCGCAGCCCACGCGUCAGACAAGCAUCAUCUUUGCUGAAGAUAUAAUGACUGGGCAAGUGCUUCGAUGUGAUGCUAUAGUUGAUAUAAUUCAUGGCAUCCAAAUUGUGUCUACAACAAGAGAACUCUAUCUUGAAGAUUCACCACUGGAGCUAAAAAUUCAGGCUUUGGAUUCUGAAGGAAACACUUUCAGCACAUUGGCAGGGUUAGUCUUUGACUGGACAAUAGUAAAAGACACAGAGGCUGAUGGCUUCUCGGAUUCCCACAAUGCGUUACGUAUACUCAAGUUCUUAGAAUCUACAUAUAUACCACCUUCCUAUAUAUCAGAGAUGGAAAAAGUUGCCAAGCAAGGAGAUACCAUUUUGGUGUCUGGAAUGAAAACAGGGAGUUCUAAGUUAAAAGCAAGAAUACAGGAAAGCGUCUAUAAAAAUGUACAUCCUGCAGAAGUCAGAUUGCUUAUUUUGGAAAAUAUCCUUUUAAAUCCAGCAUGUGACAUUUACCUUCUGGUAGGAACAUCAAUCCAAUACAGAGUUCAGAAAAUAAGACAAGGGAAGAUUACAGAAUUAAUGAUGCCGUCUGAUCAGUAUGAACUGCAGCUACAGAACAACGUACUUGGCCCUGAGGGAGAUCCAUCUUGGCCAGUUGCCAAGCUGGAUCAGGCAACGUCGACUGUAACUGCAUUGCAGCAGGGACAGGCUAAUCUCAUUCUUGGGCACAAGAGUAUUCGCAUGCAAGGAGUUUCCAGACUACCGAACAGCACUAUCUAUGUUGUGAAUCCAGGUUAUUUAGGAUUUACAGUUCACCCUGGUGAGAGAUGGGUCCUAGAAACAGGCAGAACUUACGAAAUUACAAUUGAAGUGUAUGAUAAGUCAAGCAAUAAGGUGUAUUUAUCUGACAAUAUCAGAAUUAAUACCAAGCUGCCCAAAGAAUAUUUUGAGGUUCUGAAAUCGUCUCUGAAUGGAUCAUAUCAUUACGUGAAAGCAAUAAAGAAGGGUCAGACUGUUAUUGAUGCUGCACUGACAUCUAUAGUAGAUCAGGAUGGAGGUGUUCAUACAUUGCCAGUUCCAGUGCGAAACCAGCAAGAUGUUGAAAUCUAUGUUCCAAUAGUUCUUUCACCCAGCAUUUUGACAUUUCCAUGGCAGCCAAGAGCAGGAACCUACCAGUACACCAUACAGGCCUAUGGUGGAAGUGGAAAUUUCAGCUGGUCCUCUUCUAACCAGGCAGUUGCUACAGUGACAGUCAAAGGAGUAAUGACAACUGGAAGUGACAUUGGUGUCAGUGUCAUUCAGGCAAUUGAUGUUCAGAAUCCACUGCAUUAUGGAGAAAUGAAGGUGUAUGUGACUGAACCUAGUGGGAUGGAGUUCCUGCCGUGUCAGGUUGAAGCACGUGUUGGCCAAACACUGGACCUGCCCCUGCGUAUUAACGGUCUAACGAAUGUUGAAACGGGGGAGACGGUUCCACUGAGUGACUGCUCACACUUUGAUUUAGUUGUGGAAGUAGAAAACCGUGGUGUAUUUAGACCGCUUCAAGGGAGACUUAAGCCAACUGCUGAUUUUUGUAGUGGAGUCAGAAUGAAAGCUGAAACUCAAGGAUACACAACACUUGUUGUUAGUUACACUCAUGGUCAUGUCCACCUCAGUGCUAGCAUCACCAUUGCUGCCUAUCUACCGUUAAAAACUAUUGAUCCUCCAUCUGUUGCUUUAGUGACUUUGGGUUCCUCUAAAGAUAUGUUAUUUGAAGGUGGACCCAGACCAUGGGUACAAGAGCCUUCAAAGUUCUUCAGGAACAUCACUGCUGAGGACACACAAAGUGUUGGUCUCUCUUUAUUUGGACUUCCUACAUCUUGGAAUACUAUCCAGCAUUGGGUUAGAGUAUCUUGCAAAAACCUAGGAGAACAAGUUAUUGCCUUAACAGUUGGAAACAAUCCCACAAUUACCAAUCCUUUCCCAGCAGUUGAGCCUGCUGUUGUGAAGUUUAUUUGUGCUGUCCCUUCGCGACUCACUCUGACUCCUGUUUAUGCAAGUCCUCAGAUUGAUCUCUCAUGUCCUUUGCUGCAACAAAACAAACAAGUGGUUCCUGUUUCAAAUUAUCGCAAUCCAGUAUUGGACUUGGCUGCGUAUGACCAACAGGGCAGUAAAUUUGAUAAUUUCAGUUCUCUUAAUGUUAUCUGGGAAUCAACAAAAAUGUCCUUAGCUAAUAUUGAGCCUGAUAUGCCAAUGGAGCUGACCCUGAAGGAAGAUGCAAGCGGUCAAAAGAAAAUGCACGGCUUGCAAACUGUUUUAGUUCAUCAUGAAUCUGGAACCACUGCAAUCUCUGUAACUGCAACAGGAUACCAACAAUCUCAUCUUAAGGCAGCUAAAGUGAAAAUACCGUAUGAACCUCUGCUACCAGUGUCUGCCUCUAUUGAACUAAUACUAGUAGAAGAUGUGAAAGUGAGCCCGACAGACGUCUCCAUUUACAAUCAUCCUGAGAUCCAGGCAGAAUUGUUCAUCAGAGAAGGUUCUGGAUAUUUUUUCAUUAACACAAGUGUUGCAAAUAUUGUAAGAGUGGCUCAUGAAGAAACUCAAGGUAUUGCUCUGGUGCAUCCUUUGCUUCCAGGAUCAGUGACCAUAAUGAUUCAUGACCUGUGUUUGGCUUUCCCUGCACCAGCUAAAGCUGAAAUUUAUGUCUCUGAUAUACAGGAACUGUACAUCCGAGUUGUUGACAAGGUGGAGAUCGGAAAAACUGUUAAAGCAUAUGUCAGAGUUGUGGAUGACUCUAAGAAACCUUUUCUGGCAAAAUACUUUGCUGUCAUGGAUCUAAAACUAAGGGCAGCAUCUCAAAUUGUUUCACUUGUCCCACUCAGUGAAGCUCUCGAUGACCACACUGCUGCUUUUCUGGUGCAUGGAAUGGCCAUAGGUCAGACUAGUCUUAUGGCAACUGUUGCUGACAAAAGAGGACAAAGAAUCAACUCUGCUCCACAACAGAUUGAAGUCUUUCCUCCAUUUAGACUACUGCCAAGGAAAGUCACCCUAAUUAUAGGGGCAAUGAUUCAGAUCACUUCAGAAGGAGGCCCUCAACCUCAGUCCAACAUAAUUUUCUCCAUCAGUGAUGAGAAGAUUGCAUCAGUGAACAGCACUGGACUCAUCAGAGGAGUGGCAAUUGGGAAUGGGACAGUAACAGGACUGGUGCAGGCUGUUGAUGCAGAGACAGGAAAGCUUGUUGUGGUGUCUCAGGACAAAGUGCAAGUUGAAGUAGUACAGCUGACAGCUGUUAGAAUUCGUGCACCAAUUACACGAAUGAAAACCGGUACACAGAUGCCAGUUUAUGUGAUGGGCAUCACCAGUAGUCAGACUCCUUUUUCAUUUGGCAAUGCAGUACCAGGAUUAACAUUUCACUGGUCUGUCACAAAGAGAGAUACUUUGGAUAUCAAGACAAGACACAAUGAGGCUUCUUUUCAACUUCCGGCAAAAUAUAACUUUGCAAUGGAUGUUUAUGGCAGAGUAAAGGGAAGAACAGGCUUGAAAGUUGUUGUGAAGGCCCUUGAUCCUGCAGCUGACCAGUUUUACAACAUGGCAAGAGAACUAUCAGACGAAAUCCAAAUUCAGGUAUUUGAAAAACUUCACCUAGUCACUCCAGAAGUAGAAGCAGAGCAGAUCUUAAUGUCACCAAAUUCCUUUAUUAAAAUUCAGACAAACAGGGACAGAGUGGCUUCGCUGAGUUACCGUGUCCUGGAUGGACCAGAUAAAGUUCCUGUUGUGCAAAUUGAUGAGAGAGGUUUCCUUAGCUCUGGAUCUUUGGUAGGAUCAUCAACAAUUGAAGUAAUUUCACAAGAAUCAUUUGGAAUCAACCAGACCAUUGUAGCUGCAGUUAAGGUCUACCCCAUUUCCUACCUAAGAAUCUCCAUGAGUCCUAUUCUGCACACACAAAACAAAGAGGCUUUACUGGCUCUCCCGCUGGGUGUGACACUGACCUUCACAGUCCAUUUUCAUGAUAAUUCUGGAGACACCUUUCACUCGCAUAACUCUGUGCUCAACUUUGCAACGAACAGAGAUGACUUUGUACAGAUUGGGAAAGGAGCCACAAACAACACAUUUGUAAUCCGAACUGUAAAUGUGGGCUUGACCUUGCUUAAGGUUUGGGAUGCGGAACACAGCGGCAUUGCAGACUACAUCCCACUCCCCGUGCAACAUGCCAUCUUUCCUGAACUCAUAGAUGUGGUGGUAGGCGACGUCCUGUGUUUGAGCACUUCGCUUAUAAAUCAAGAAGGCUUACCAGGAGUGUGGAGCUCCUCGCUAAAUAGCGUUCUCCAAGUUGACUCCAAGACAGGUGCAGCUGUGGCGAGGGAUUCUGGUGUUGUCACUGUUUACUAUGAGAUUCCUGGAGUGCUUAAGACAUACAGAGAGAUAUUGAUCAACAUACCUCAGAGGACUACAGCAAUGCAUGUAAGUGGAGUGAAAACAAGCUUACAAGGAGUUGCAGCCUCCAAAGUAAUAGUUUCAAUUGGGGAAAGAAGUAAAAAUUUGAAAGGGGAGUGCUUGCCUGCUCAAAUUGAAGCCAUUGCUGAAUUACAACCAGAGUCUGUUAUCAGUUGCCAUCUAAAUUUUAACAGUGAUGCAUUUGAUUUCCCAGCACGUGAUAUUUUCAUAGCAGAACCUGGAUUUGAUGCAAUUUCAGGACAUUACACCUGUUCCAUCACAAUGCACAGGCUUACAGACAAACAGCUGCAGCAUCUCAGCAUGAGUAAAACUGCGCUCAGAGUUACAGCUUCAAUCCAAGGCAGCCAUUUUUCUGGAGAGCAGAUCAGCGCUGAGGUGCCAUUCAAUCCCGGGUUUUAUGCUGACCAAACAGAGAUGCUUUUAAGUAACCAUUACACAAGCUCUGAUGUGAAAAUAUUUGGUGCCACUGAAAUUCUUGAUACCCUAGAGGUGAAAUGUGGGUCACCAAUGGUGAAGGCAUUUAAGAAGGAGAAAUCCUAUGGACUACCUAGUUACGUAGUCUACACUGUUAGUCUGUCUGAUCCAAGAGUUUCCAGCCAGGGAUCCUUAACAACCACUGUAACUGUUUCCAGUCCUAUGACUGACCAGUCUAUCAGUAUCCCAGUGACGGUGAUUUACUUGACUGACAGAACCAGUGCACAAGUGAGACAUGGAGCAAGUUUAUUUCAGCACUUUCCUGAUUCCUAUCAAGUAAUGUUCUUCACGCUUUUUGCAGUAUUAGCAGGGACAGCUAUUACGAUCAUAGGCUAUCAUGCAGUUUUCUCACCAAAAGAAGAGCAAACUCAUCCAGCCUUUACCCCAAGGACUACUCCUCAACACAGCCAUAACAGUUUCUCUGUAUCACCCACACCUUCCCUCAGUCCCCUGUCCUCAAGCAGGAGGACAAGCCCAUCAUCCAUGCUCUGGAGCACUGAUUAUGGCUCACGUUAGAGGCAGCAGGACUCAUCAGUAUGCACUAGGGCUUGAGAACUAAAUUGGUGCCUUUUGCAAAAGCAAGUUUAAGAAUUUUCAGUUUUGAUAUAAUUCAGGUCAUUUGAUAAAUGUUAUGAACUGCAUAGCUCUUUUUUAAUACCUAAAGCUCUUUGAAUCUUUUUAUGCCAACGCUUCAGUUCUUUAAAAUUUAUCUGCUGUUUUACACUCAGUUGACAAGGAUGACUGGACAAAAAGCAAUGUUUGCGCUAAGCUAGCUUUCUUGCACUCUUCAAGCAAUUAGUUAUGUCUAUAGGAAAGUGAUACAAAUUUUUUAUUUACUUUCUGUGAAAAUUAACUUUUUUUUUUAAUGUACUUUUUAAAAAGGGAAAUAGAAAAGAAGGUCAAAUAUGAGCCAAAAAUACGAAGGAUUGUAUAUUUCAAAGGAUUAUAGUUCUUUAUUUUGAGUUCCAAAGACUCAGGAAUGUACUGCACUGAUAAGUGUUCUUGUGUUUAGCCUUACAAUGUGAUAUAUCAUUAUAAUUUGGGCUUUUUAACAUUAGGAAUGCUGGAACAACUGUGAAUAGAUUUUGAGUUUGUUACAAAAACAAAACAAUCCAAAAAGUGUUGCUUUCCUUGGGUACAACUGCAGUAUUCCUUUCUUGUUACUGUAAGCACUUUUUGGGAAACUGAAAAUGUGAAAGCAUGUGCCUUCUAAGAGGACCUUUCAUUUGAUAGUAUGUAUUUUUAAUUGAAGGCAGUUUUAUCUGUGUUCUCAUAUAAUACAUUUUUAUAAGUCAUUUUACGUAUGGAAGUACCUCAAUAGAAACUGAGCCUCCUGUUAUUACCACUAGCUACCUGGUGCACUGGAAAAUAAGUAGCUUAUUUCACAAUUACCAUUAGCGAUCUUUUCAGAUGGUUCAAUCUGUUUGUCUAGUAUAUUCACAUACACGCUGAUCCAGCCACAUCCACAGUCUUGACUUCAACUAUAUAUUACUGGUAGGACCAGAUGAGGCAUAUUUGUAGUAUAAUGUUCUACUAACAACUACUCGCUUGUACGUCUGUAAAAUACAACAUAGCUUAUCAUUACAUAAGUAUUAUUGAUUACAGGAUUUUUGUUUUGUUUGUAUUUUUCGUUACUGACUAGGACACACAGAUAGAAAACGUACAAUGCAGGGUGCACUAGAAUGUACUCUAAGUCAGGAAAUUGAUCACUGCAUAUGCUCAGAUGUGUUUUGCUUUCUAAACAAGAAGAUGGCAGUGAGGUAUGCUGACCAGAAUUGUUUUUCUGUAUUAAUUUUUAACACCCAAGAAAGACUAACUGGCUCCAAUCCUUAGCCCUAAAAUAUUUUCCUGAGGAUAGGAAAACACCUCAGUUGGGAUGCCUGAAGGACAGAAUCUUUCAUUUUAGGAAUUAUAAUCACAGUCAUUUUUAAUCUAUAAGCAGUAUUUUUCAGCUAUCCGGUAGGGGCUUUGUUUAUAUAUGAACAGUGUCACAGUUGCAAUUCUGAAUAAUAUUCAGGAGGUCUUAAUUCCCAUUCUCAGUCUUAUAUGGUCUAAUGACCAUAAUGAAAGUAAUUGCAAUUGUUCUGUUUCAAAGAACAAAACACUUCAUGCAAAAUAUAUUAAAUAUGCAGAAUUAUGCAGGCAAAUAGUCAAAGGAAUGGAAUGCACACAGUAUAUAGCUUAUAGUUUUGGUUUCGUACAGUAUUACAGAAAAGCAACAUCACAUAUUAUUACCAAGUCCCGUAUAACUUAUUUGCUAGUUUUUUGAGAAAUUGUGCCUUACAUGCUAGUACUGCUUAAAAUUGACAAUUUGGAUGUAAAUAAUAAGCAUUUGUAUCUGUAUUAUUUAAUAAAGCUUUCUAAG